AUGACGGAUACAGAAGACAUUCGUAUCCUCGAACAGGACCGUUUCCAUAUCGACGGCGACAUCGUGAUUGUGAAGGCCGGAACCAGAAACCAAAACUUCCCCAUCCACGUGUGCCUACUCAACCGAUCUGAGUUCUUUCGCCACAAGCUCGCUGUCCUAGCGGCUGGCGAGAUCCUACAGCUGGCCAUCUUCGAGGGAGACAAAGACGCCGCGGUCACGUUCGCCCUAUACGUUCAUCUCAUAUACUAUGAAACACUGCCAUACAAAGUUGCCGGGCCCUCGACUGUUCCUUCAUUGAAGCAAGUUCACCUUGAGCAGAUGGCUAUCAUGAAACUUUACAUCAUGGCACAGAAGUUAGGAGAUGGUGGAGCAAUGGAUGCUGCCGUCAGUACUCUACUAGCCACCUCUCAAGAGCCAUGCAGUGUAGGCAAGAGAUGCAAUUUUACCCUUCCCUCGACUGAAGUCGUACAAAAGGCAUACGCACACACUUCGACUGCUUCGCCGAUACGACGGCUCAUGGUCGACAUGUACCUGUGGUGGGCUGCUGCUGAGCACAUUGACGAAAGAUACCCAACUCAAUUCGUUGUCAGCGUUGCGAAGGCUGGAUUGGAUUCGGCUCGAGGGGCCAGGCACACGGGYUAUGGCUCCUUUGCGCAAGCUAGUUGUUGCGAUUAUCAUCAGCAUGAGCCUCAUGUGGUGUGCUCGAGUCGGAAGAUGGAGGAAGACUUAAGCUCGGGGGAAGGGACCGAUGAGGAUUAUGUAGGGGAUGGAUGA